AUGUCUGAACAAUCGAACCAACCGCUGCAUGUUCCUAAUGAACGGGACCCAUUAAUUGGAUCAAGGUACAUUAAAGGUCCAACAAUCUCGAAUUAUAUCUUGAAAUUCUUGAAAAAAUUGCAAUUUAUAAAAAUUUUUACCAUUGCUUUGAUGAUUGUUGACGAAAAAAAUCCCAAAAUUGAAGCUUUCACAGUUUUGGAUGGAAAAUUUGUUGAUGUUGGUACAAGAUUGGACUUACUACAAAAAUGGACUAAUCUUAAACAUGUAGAUUUGCAAGGUCGAACCGUAAUCCCAGGGCUAAUUGAUGCACAUGCGCAUUUAAUGCACUUUGGUGAUGCAUUAACGUCUGUUAAUCUUGUCGGUGCAAAAUCUAUCGAAGAAGUAAAUCAACGAAUUUAUGAAUACAUUAAAGCGCAUCCUGAUAAGAAUGAGUGGAUCACAGGAUGGGGAUGGGAUCAAACACUCUGGCCAUCGAAAUCUUUUCCGACUUUUAACGAUUUAGACAAUGACCCGAUAUUAUCCCAAUAUACAAUAUCAUUAACACGCAUUGAUGGACACGCUUUGUGGGUUAAUGGAAAAGUCUUAGACAUACUUGGAACAAAUAACAUUCCGCUUGAAAUUGAUGGUGGGGAAAUUGUAAGAGAUAAGGAAACCGGUCAAUUGACCGGAAUUUUUGUUGAUAAUGCUAUGAAACUGAUUUACCAGUUAUUGCCACAACCAACUGACCAGCAAUUAUUAACAAAUCUCAAAGCGGCAAUUUAUGAAAUGCAUUCUCAUGGUCUUACAGGGAUUCACGAUGCGGGCGUUUUGCCUAAAUUACUUAAAUUUUACAAAAAUACUGUUCUAUCAAAUCCACAAGAUUUUAAUAUAAGAAAUUAUGCUAUGGUUGAAUGUGAAAACAAUACUUAUUGUGGUGAUCAGAUUGAGAAAAUAGAAGGGUUAGGUGAUGGAAGAUUAACUGUUAGAAGCGCUAAAAUGUUUAUGGAUGGUGCAUUGGGAAGUUGGGGUGCUGCAUUAUUAGAACCUUAUUCUGAUGAUCCAACAAAGCAGGGGGUAUUGAUCUCUGAUCCAACUUUAUUACCACCUGUGAUUAAUCGAUGGAUGGAUAAUGGUUUCCAAGUAAACACUCAUUGUAUAGGAGAUAAAGCCAAUCAUAUAAUCAUAAAUGCGUAUGAAAAGUGCUUUAAAGAUUGUAUACUUUCAAAACAAAGUGGGAAAAAUAUUACUGAAGAAGAGUUGACUAAGGAAGUUAAAAAGUUAGGUGAAAGUGUUAGAUUUAGAAUCGAGCAUGCGCAAAUAUUGACACUGGACGAUAUCAAACGUGUUGGUGAAUUACAGAUUAUACCAUCGAUGCAACCUACACAUGCAACUUCUGAUAUGAAAUACGCUGAACAAAGAUUGGGUAGCGAGCGUAUUAAAGGUGCAUACGCAUGGCGUUCAUUCAUUGAUGCUGGAGUAAAGCCAUUCCCUCUUUCUUCGGAUUUUCCCAUAGAAUCCGUAAACCCUUUUUUAGGAUUUUAUGCCGCAAUCACGCGAAAAUGGACUAAUGGAGAUUCUCCACACGGUCCAAAUGGAUGGUUUCCCUCGCAAAAACUAACACGUGAAGAAGCUUUACGCGGGUUUACCAUUGAUGCAGCAUAUUCCGCGUUUAAUGAAGAUAUUUUGGGAUCGAUAACCGUCGGCAAAUAUGCGGAUUUUGUAGUAAUCGAUCGUGAUAUAAUGGAAAUCCCAGAACAAGAAAUAAUUAACACAGCUGUAUUAACAACUGUAUUCGGUGGUCAGGUCAGGAUGUUACUCCCAGAAUUGAAAAUCAUAUUUCUAGAACCAGGUCAGGAUACGUCUCCCCAGAGAACCAGGUCAGGGUAUUACUCCCCAGAACUAGAUGCGAAUAUAAUUUCCAAAACCAAGUCAGGACAUGUCUCCCCAGAAAUCUACAAAGAUCAGAACGAAUUCACAGCAGAAUUUUAA